AUGCGCUUCCACUAUGGCCUUGGGGUCGGUCAUGUAUACUCUCACGAGGAAAGGGCCUACCCUUUUACACAGACAACAGCAUGGACAGAAAAUGAACCUUCGGAAAGUGGGGACACGCUCAGGAACACGCACUGGCGAGGUCCUGCUAAUGACGAUAGCGACGAUGAACCGGGCGACGAUGAAGAUCAUGUUGGCGCAGAGGAACUUGGUUUCUUUGAUCAAGGAUUCGAUGCCAGCACAGAGUCGCUUACCCAAGCGUUGGACGAGAUGUUUACGGCUAGCCACACAUUCGAUUAUGAGAAUUAA